AUGGAUAGCAACCAAUCACCUUUAAAAGUUUUAAAGGUUGUAACAAAAAAGUUUGACUUGUUUACAGGUGGAGGAGGAGGAGAUAGUGCUGCUCAUAAAUUGGACCAACAACAAAAGUUACAACAACAACAACAACAAAGAAUGGUCAAACCACAACCUCCUCAACAACAACAGCAAGUGACUCAACAAUCUAGUCUAAAGAGCGAACCUUCAAUUUCAAAGAGAAAUGUAGUUUCUCAGCAACAUCAACAACAACAAGUAUCACAAAAAGAACCACCUUCACAACAACAACAACAACAGUCAUCACGUAAAUAUGAUUUAUUUGAUGAUCCUGAUGAAGAGUAUGUUUCAUACAAUAAGAAACAACAAUCUCCAUCUAUGAAAACUACUUCUCAACAACAACAACAAGAUUACCAUACCUCUCCAAGUAAACAAACAAGACCACAACAACAACAAACAACUGUAAAUAACAAUGUAAAUAACAACAAUAAAAAUAAUGUAAAAGCAAAUCAAAAUAAUGAUAACAGUAAUAAUAAUAAUAAUAAUAAUGUAAAUAAUAAUAAUAAUGUAAAGAAAAAAGACAACAACAAACCAUCAAAAGGAGAUAGUAGAUAUGAAGGUUAUUUUAAAGAAUUGGAUUUCUCUUGUGAUGAAGAUGAUUUUGAAGAUGAAGGAAAUCGAUCAACUUAUUCUUUGGAAGAAGAUUUUGAUGACUUUGUUCAAAUUGAAGAGAAAAAUUUAAAUCCUGUUUGUUCCAGAUGGUUUAUACCAUUUUAUCAAAAACCUGAAAUGUGUAGUAAUGAAGUUAGAAAAUGGUUAGAUGAAAGAUGGUUUUUACCUUCCAACAAAAAAGAUAUAAAAUGGGGAGAACAAAAUAGAUUUUAUUAUCCAGUUUAUGUAUUUAAUGUAAAGUGUAGUACAGAUUUCAAAGCAUCUUUUAUAGUCGAUGAAAAGGUUGAAUCUAUUUCUCAUACAAUUGCAAAUUCCUAUGAUGAAAUUAUUGUUUGUGCAUCAACCUCUAUUGAUUCAAAAUUAGUUGAUGUUUUAGUUGCCAACCAUAGUUAUUCUCAUAGAUUACCAUAUUUCUUACCAUCAAAAGAUGAAAUGGAACCAUUUAAUUCAAAUGGUUUAAACGAAAAGAUACUAAGUAUUGAUAUUUCAAAAAGUGAAAUUUGGAAAGAUAAAGUAUUAUUAUUAUUAGAUCAAAAAGAAAAAGAAUCUUGUAAAAGAUAUGUUAAACAAAAAUAUAAUGUAAAAUCAAUCAAUCUUGAUAUGGAUACACCCAAGAUUCUCAAUGAAUCCUACACUAUUGUAUAUUUACCAAUCAGUUCCGAAACAUAUCAAUAUGGUGGUUCAUUUUACGAUACUCUGACAAGUGGUAACAAAGGAAAGACAGUUGGAACUUCUCCACUUGGUACUGGGGUAGUUGGAGAAACUAUUUUAGGUGUUGUUUCACACAUGACAAAUCUUGUCAAUGAUUCAAUUGGAAUGUAA